AUGACCCUGGAGGAGGGAAUGUGGUGGUUCGUGCAGGAAUGGCAGCGCAAAAGCAACUUUGAUCAGAUGAUCUUCUACGAGAUGGCAGGAAACAUGGGCUGUGCCUCCCUCACCUUUGUCAGGUUCAUGGAGUUUGAGGCAGAGGAGGAGUUACAAAUUCAGAAGUUGCAGCAGAGGAAUGUGUCUGUGUGCCUGCCUCCUCCACCUCCACGGAAUCUUGAUUCCCACGGGCCUUCAUCCACUGUGGUUGUCCACUACCCAGAUGGAAAAUAUGGGGAAGAAGAAAAUGAGCAACAGCAGGAGGAGAUUGGGAUAUACCCAGACCCAGGAAUCCUGCCCUACCUGGACAAGCUGUGUUCACAGGAAGAAUUUAUUACAAAGGUGGGCUGGGACUUGAGACCUCAGUGCCCUUGGGAGCCUAAACGACCCAAUGAGAUCCCUCCUAAAGCCGUGAAAGAAUAUGCUGAAAUCAUGCAAGGUCUGCUUGGACCUACCUAUUCAGCCACUGUGGAGCCAGAUGAAAAAUAUGAAGAAGAAGAAAAUGAGCAGCAGGAAGAGUUUGGGAUAUACUCAGACCCAGGACUCCUGAGCUACAUUGACAAACUGUGUUCACAGGAAGUAUUUAUUACCAAGGUGGGCUGGGACUUGAGAUAUUCACCUCAAUUCCUAGAAAUGGUACUAUCACCAGAAUUACAGGUAGAUCCCAUUUCCUUAAUGCAGGAGCUGAAGAAAGAGGAAGGACUCACUCUCACCCAGCUGGUAGAGAAGCAACAGCUGGAAUUGAAAGGAAAAGUGUUUGUGGAGGCACCCCCAACUUAUGAAACCUCUCCUAUUAGUGAAACACCUGGGAAAGGAGAAGGAUCCAGUGAAGAAGAGGAGGAAGAGGAGGAACUCCCCAGCCUUGCCUUCCUCUUGGCAUCUCAACAAAGCCUACUGCCCUGGGGUCUUUCCAAGGGUCCUCUGCCUGCCUCCAGCAUUCUGCACCAUAGACUUUAA